CUCCAGUGGGCUUAACCAACAACAAGUCAAGAUUAUUUGAGCUGUUGUUCACCAGCUGAGCUGCAACAACUAAAUCCAUUCAAUGCAACUCAUCUAUCCAUCUGCACGUGCGCACGCUCAUCACUUUUUGUUCCCAUAAAUCCGGGUUAUAUUCUUUUAUUCUCCCCUGGAACAUAGAGAUACCAGUUUAUUGCAUACAGAAAAGAGCUUGCCGUUCCUAAGCAUCGAUGCAUUGGGGAAAUUGAAGACCCAUGGCAAAGUGGUUUAGAGAUCACCUGAGUUUUGGCAGCUGGAAAGGACCACCACAGCCCCCGAAACCAGACUACACAGAGAGUGAGAUCCUACGGGCCUACAGGGCUCAGAAAGACCUGGACUUUGAAGACCCCUACGAACCCUCUGAGAACCGGGUACAGAAAGGAUCUGGAACGGUUGAAGUUUUCCCCACUUUUGGCGCGGUGCUAUCCAACGGUGUGGAGGUGAAGAUUGUGUCUCCCAAACAUAGACUGAUAAAAGUGGAAUCUCAAGAAUUCGGGCGUAGCAAGAUUCCGUUAAGCAUUGUGACCUUUGAAGAACCACAGACUCCUGUGGUUCCCUCGGCUCCUGCUGUUGGCGAUACAGAUUACUCUGACCCGUUUGACGCCAGGCCCGACCCACAACUCAGGCCUGGGUGCCAACAAAACGCUGUAGAAACCUGCAACAGCUACAUGGAGCCAUUUGAAGCCCAGCGAUUCAUAAAUGAGCUGCAGCACAGCACAAAUCGGGGCAGGAGCAGCCCGCAGCUCUACGACAGCCCGUAUGAGGAGAGACUCCGGCAUCGGCCUGCCCCUGAGGGUGGUGAGAAAGAGAGCCGUCUGCCACAGGAUGACGAGAGGCCGGCGGAUGAGUACGACCAGCCCUGGGAGUGGAAGAAAGAGAAUAUCUCCAAAGCCUUUGCUGUGAAGUUUGAUGCGGGAGACUGGGAUCAAUCCACAUUGCCCCGUGACGAGCCACAAAGGAAAGGAGAAACAUCCAGAACCUGCACUCCAUCCAGCGGGUCAACCAGCCUGCACAAGCCCAGCAACCCUAACUUAGUCCUGGGUGAGAGGGUGGACCCCACGCUGCCCCUCGAGAAUCAGGUGUGGUACCAUGGUGCAUUGGUGCGCUCUGAAGCCGAGUCUCUGCUCACACUCUGUAAGGAGUGCAGUUAUUUGGUGAGAAAAAGCCAAACCAGCUGUAACGACUAUUCACUCUCUCUCAGGAGUUGCCACGGAUUCAUGCACAUGAAGUUCUCACAGUCUCGUGAUGGAAAGUUCAUCUUGGGCGAGAACAGUCCUCCGUUUGACUCCAUUCCUGAAGUCAUUCAUUACUACACCACACACAAGCUGCCCAUCCGUGGAGCUGAACACCUGUCUCUGCUCUUCCCUGUACUAGUGCAAACACUCUGAACACACACACUCACUCACUCAGGGCUUAACUCGCAUGGCUACUAUAACGCUUCGUUUUCAAUCAGAUUUUGAAUCCUUGAGCAGAUCUAUGAGUGUGGGAAUUUGAUAUUUUGGUAGAUCGAUUGAAUCCAAACAUGUUGUUGAAAGCUCAACAAGCAAAGAUCACGCUACAUGUGAAGGAAGCAUGGACUGAGAUGUGUUUUCUCCACACCGCACCGCUGGACUCUGAAGUGUUUUCAAAUCACACAUUGAACUGCAAUAUUAUAUAUUAAUAUGUACAGAACAAGUCCCGUCCUAUGUGGCUAGUGUUUUAGUUUAAGCUCAUCUCUCCGCAAAUGUAAAGAUUUUCACCCCAAAAUGACAAUUCUGUCUUCAUUUACUCACUCUCAGGUCGUUCCAACCCCAUAUGACUUUCUUUCUCCAGUGGAACACAAAAGGGGACAUACAGACACGCAGUCAUUCAGGCUAAUUUUAUGAUGCUUUCUUGACCGCCACGGUCACUAUCCACUAUUGCAUGGAAAAGAGCAACGUCGAUGAGCAAAUGAUUUUUGGGUGAACGAUCCCUUUUUUUUCCCAUUUUGCAGUUUAAAAUGAAGGCUGCUCUUUAACCAACACUUAACAUCCCUGCGGCAGGAAGUAGAGGCAAUGAAUCAGAGUUAUUUGACAGUAAGGAAGUCUAGAUACGACACUGGAAUGUUCUGAAUGUGACUUUCACUUGUCCAGAUGGCCAACUGCGCACACAGCUUUGUUCAAGUCCCUCUGCACCACCCUUAAGUGAGAAUGCUGUGCUGCUGCUGAGGAUGAUGGAAACAGGAAGUUUUGUCAUCCAGCCAUCUUCUACUCGCCUCAGUGCUUGAAAACUUUAGCCUGGCAGGAAAUGGUCAAUACUGUGGCUUUUCGCUUCACUCCUGUCACAGUACUAACCAUCACUUUACACUACCAGCGACCGUUUGGUGCCCUCAGGUUUUAAGGACGACUUGGCAAUACUUAGCUGCCUGCAUUGUGUCUAAAGUGUUUUAGUUUAACGUGACAUUUGAAAUGAGGCCUCUUUAACUGUGUCCCAGUAUUUUUCUUCUUAAAGGUACAGUUCACCCAAAAUGUAAACAUUCUGUCAUUUACUCACCCUCACCUUGUUCCAACUUGGGGCUGUCAAGCUCCAAAAACAUGCCAUAAAUGUAGUUUAUAUUCCUCAGAUGCUAUAUUUUAAGCCUUCUGAAGUCAUAUGGUAGAUUUGUUUGAGUAACAGGUUGAAAUUGAAGUCAUAAUUCACUCAAAAUCUUCUCUCUCGAAACUCUCGAAUGCCUGGUGUUCCAGUACAGAAUUAACGAAUGGCGUGUCACAGUUGGGUACCAUGCACACCAAUGAUAUUUAAUUAAAACAUUUUGGAUGUAUACACGGGCUAUUAGAUUUAAAGGAAUAGUUCACCCAAAAAUAAAUAUUCUCAUAUCAUUUACUCAACCUCAUGCCAUCCCAGAUGUGUAUGACUUUCUUUCUUUUUAUCUCUGUAGGUCCAUACAAUGGCACCCAUAUUUGGCACAUUUCAGAAAGAGCAUAAAGGCAUCAUAAGAGUAAUCCAUAUGACUCCAGUGUUUUAAUCCAUAUGUUCUGAAGCGAUAUGAUAGGUAUGGUUGAGAAACAGAUCAAUAUUUACGUUGUGUUUUGCUUGAAAUUCUUCUCGCUGCCCAGUAGGGAGCGGUAUGCAUGAAGAAUGUGAAUCACCAAAAACACAAGAAGAAUGUAAAGGUGAUCUGUCCAUUAUGGAACUUAACAGUAGUUGUUUUAUGGCAAGAACUGCGUAACGUUUCUUUACGUUAUGUGUUCCCGCAAGAAAAUAACGGCAGGUUUGGAGCGACAUGAGGGUGAGUAAAAAGUGACUGAAUUUUCAUUGUUGCGUGAGCCGUUUCUUUAAGAAACACUAACUCGGUUAACCUCGCUGUAUUUUGAAUGCUUUGAAUAGUGACCAACAGAAAACGGAAAUGUUUUUGUUGUCGGUGUACGGUAUAUCCUCAGGCAAAGCAAAGGCUGAUGGGAAUCUGACAGCGUGUGCACACAUGCACUACUACGCAGGGUAUGAACUACUUUAGAUUUAGACUAUAUCUUCAAGGUAGUUAUUGUAUGUUAUGAUGACUGUUAUUUUAUUGAGUCUUGUUUUCUAUUUGAUGUUUUCCAGCUUUUCAUUUCUUUGGAAUAAAAUA